AUGACCAAGCAGAGCCAGAAGAACCGGGACAAUGGGAACUGGGAGAAAGGCUACCUAUUAAAACUGGUGCUUACUGGGGACUCAGGUGUGGGCAAGAGAAACCUGAUGUCACUCUUCACCAGAAAGGAAGUCAACCUAGAGAGCAAGAGCACCACCUGUGUGGCAUUUGCCACUUGCAGAGCUCAGAUGGAUGACAAGACCAGCAAGGCUCAGAUCUGGGAUACUGUUAGCCAGGAGUGCUACUGUGUCAUUAUCUCCACAAAAUGUGGUGCAGUGGGUAUACUGCUGGUUUAUGACAGUGCCAAGCACUUGAUAUAUGAGAAUAUGGAGCACUGGCAGAAGGGGCUUUGGGAUAAUGCAUACAGCAACAGCAACAAGAGUGACCUGUGUCACCUUCAGGCUGUGCCCACUGAUAAGGCUCAUGCCUUUGCAGAAAAGGACCACUUGUCUUUCAUUGAGAUCACAGCCUUGGAUUCCACCCAUGUAGAGGAAGCAUUCAAAAACAUCCUCACAGAAAUCUACUGCAUUGUGUCACAGAAACAAAUUGCUGACCAUGUAGCCCAUGAUGAGUCCCCUGGCAACAAUGUGGUGUACAUCAGUGUGCCACCCACCACCAAUGGACAGAAACCCAAAGAGUUACAGUACUGCCAAAUCUUGUGGCUGUCUUGCUCCUCCACCCAGCAUGCUUGCGCAUCUUGA